AUGGCGGCGUGUAAGAGGGUCCGAAAGGGCCACCUCUUCGACGAGGGAAGAAAGUCCAGUGGCGGCUCUGCCGCUGUGAUGGCGGCGAUCCCCGCCGGCGGAGGAGGACGCGGGUACUCGUCGGAGGCGGCCUUGGUGGAGCAGCGAUCCUCGACGGCGCUGGGUUUUCCGGCCUGUGAUGGUGGUGGCGUCUUGGAUUUGGCGGGGGCCACCAAGGAGUACUACGACUACCGGAGGUCACUGUACGGGGACGUCACACACAAGGCGCUCCUCGUCGACGCCGUCGGCACGCUUCUCGUUCCCUCCCAGCCUACAGCACAGGUCAGAUCUGCUUCUCUUCUCUGGCUCCCGGCAUCCCGUGAUUUUCUCCUCUUCCGAUUCUCUGGUUUCCCCCCCUCUCCACUAUAGGUUCUGCUCCUUUGUUGAUUCCAAUUGCUCAUCGCCUGUUAAAUAACCAGGGAGACGAAUGUGAUAAGUUUCAUUUCUCAAUUCCUUUCGGAGUGUGGUGAAUCUGAUGCACGCCGUCGGUAGAUCCGAGUUAUCUGGGGAAUCCAUCAACAGUCCCCCUCCCGAAAUCUGCGCUUCUCGCUUUCACCGUUUUCCUUCUUCUUCACGAGGAAUUCCCGUAUGACCUGAUUUUCAUGGCUGGGGUGAAAUCCAUGGCACGAGAUCUCCAAGAGUUUUUGAAUGCGGCUUUUCCUGUCUACUCACCCUUCUUCCAUACUUCAAUCCCGUUUCUACAGCCCCUGGUUUCCAUAUUCACGGACAUCUGGAGUCUAAUCUCUUAUUUUUCUUGCAGCCAUUGCAUGUUUUUCUACUCUCCUGGCUAUUCUUUACCUUUCGAACAGUUUUAAAAUUUUAAUUCUGCUCGGCAACCCCAAGUCAACGCACUCUGAAUGAUGUCUUUGUCUUUUUUUUUAACAAAAAAACGCAGAUCUACAGGGAGAUCGGGGAGAAGUAUGGAGUGGAGUAUUCGGAGGAAGAGAUCUUAAAUAGGUACCGCAGGGCUUAUCAGCAGCCGUGGGGUCAUUCCAGGCUCAGGUUUGUUUGCCCUCGGAGAAUUUCCUUGCCUUCUUGCUUUGUGAACAGCCGAGAUUGACUGCUUAUUGUGCCCUAUAAUUCUUCUCAAUACACACCGCCAAUUGAUCUUUCCUUGUUUCAUAUUACCGUGCUGAAAGAAUUCCCGGGCACUCGUUUGCUCCGGGAGCAUGGAAAUCACCAUAUUUUUUUCUAUCUUGGGCAAUUCGGUGGCGAGAUCCCCUCAUUUUUUGAUUGGUUUAUGUUGGUUCUUAGCAUUGCAGACUACUUUUGCCAGAUUAUUUCUCUUAAUCACUUAGUUUUCCCUGGAAGGGUUAACAAUUCCUUCCAUGUGCAACCGCAGGUAUGUGGAUGAUGGGAGACCAUUCUGGCAGUUCAUCGUCAGCUCCUCCACGGGAUGCUCCGAUUCGAAGUACUUUGAGGAGCUCUAUCAAUAUUACAUGACCGACAAGGUGAGCAGAUGAGAUGGGGCUUGAAGAAUCCCAGUGGGUUUCUCUAUUAUCUUGGAUUCGAUCCGGCGGUGGCUGAUGCAGAUGAUAUCUCAUCUCAUCUCAUCUCAGGCCUGGCACCUUUGUGAUCCCGGUGCCGAGAGAGCAUUCAAGGCCCUCAGGAAAGCCGGCGUCAGAAUUGCCGUCGUGUCGAACUUCGACACGCGGCUGCGCCCGCUUCUGCAAGCUCUGAAGUGUGAUCACUGGUUUGAUGCAGUGGCCGUGUCGGCCGAGGUGGGUGAUCUUCUCCUCUCGAUCUCCGAAACCUCCUUGCUAUUUUGAGUAUAAUGUCCGUGGAUGCUCGUACCCAUUUGUGUUCUUCUACUGGUCUGAUGAAUGGGAAUUGGGCGCCACACAAAGCGCAGGUGGCGGCCGAGAAACCAAACCCGACGAUAUUCCUGAAAGCCUGCGAGCUGCUGGGAGUGAAGCCAGAGGAUGUGGUGCACGUGGGCGACGACCGCAGGAACGACGUGUGGGGGGCGAGAGAUGCUGGCUGUGAUGCCUGGCUCUGGGGGAGUGACGUCCACUCUUUUGAGGAGGUAUUGAUUGCCCCUGUGGUCUUGCUGUUCCUCACCUGUGUGAUCGAGCAUCUGCCUCUAACCACCGCCCUCCUUCUCCUUCUCCUCCUCCCUGUUGCAGGUCGCCCGGAGGAUCGGAGUGCAGGUUUGA